CCAACCCUCUUAUUAUUUCUCCAUUUUCUUUUGUUUCCCUAGCCGCCUCUUCUUUCUCUCUCUACAAAUUUUCAUUCACCUUCUCUCACUAAAAAAAACACUCCACGCUUCAAAAACUAAAACAUAGCACUCUGUUUUUUUUGCUCUACUCAUUCAAGCUGGCGAUCGAUAAUCAAGAAUCCACUCUUAAACCAAGAAAUAGAAGAAUCAUGGGUGCUGGGGGCCCUGAUGAAGAGGAGAACCGGUGGCCGCCGUGGUUGAAGCCUCUGUUAAAAGAGAGGUUUUUUGUUCAAUGCAAUUUACAUGCUCAUUCUCACAAGACUGAAUGCAAUAUGUAUUGUUUAGAUUGCAAAAAUGGUGCGUUUUGUUCUCUUUGUCUUCCCUAUCAUAAGGACCAUCAAGCUAUUCAGAUUAGGAGAUCCUCAUACCAUGAUGUGAUAAGGGUUUCUGAGGUACAGAAGGUUUUGGAUAUCUCUGGUGUCCAAACUUAUGUGAUCAACAGUGCUAGGGUUGUUUUCUUGAAUGAAAGGCCUCAGUCUAAGCUUGGUAAAGGUGUCACCAACACUUGCGAGGUCUGCGAGCGCAGCCUCCUCGAUUCCUUCCGGUUUUGCUCCAUUGGAUGCAAGGUUGUUGGGAUAUCAAAGAAUUUCCAGAGGAAGAAGCACCGGAUAGCAAUGAUGUCGGAUUCGGAGGAAUCCGACAGCAGUAGCAGCCAUAAAAACCGAUACGAGAACAAGAACCACAAUCACAUCCUGCAGAACAACGACGAAAACAAUAAACUGCAAAGCUUUUCUCCAUCAACUCCUCCUCCGACUUCACUUACGUUCCGAACUGCCAAGCGAAGAAAGGGAAUACCUCAUCGAGCUCCGAUGGGAGGAUUAAUCAUAGAAUAUUACUAGUAGAUUAUGUCCCAAUGAUGCAAAAUCACCACCAAUUGAUGAUAGUUAGUUAUAUAUAUAUAUAUCCCCAAUAUACCCUUAUGUUUUAGUGUUGACUAACCCAAUGCUGGACCCUCAGUAUGGGAGGUUUAGUUGUCUCUACUAGUAUUGUGUACAAAGAAGCAUCAAACAGAAUAGAUAUGGCAAAGUUGGAGAAAAGAAGUGAGAUUAUGCAUCCUUUGCAUUAAUAAUGUAAAAGUACAGAAAUAGGGUGUUUUUUUAAUUUUAUUUAGAGUGAUUAUACAUAAGUUUUGGUUUAGUAUGUUUGAGGGGCUUUACUAAUAAUAAAAUAAAAUGUAAAUAUGCUAUGUUGGUGGGAUUUUCUUUAGCAAGGUGAAGAAAAUGUACUAUGAUGAUAUUUGUGUAAAUGAUAUGGUAAUAUGUUUCCUAGUUAA